AUUUCUGAUUCAAAGGGCAAAAGGGUUUCACAUUUUCAUUUGUCGAUCGAAAGAGAGUUUUGCUAAGAAAUGGCGAUGUCGAUGGUCCGAUCUGCUGCCCUUCGAACCGCCCUGCGUGGUGGCUCUCGAUCCUCUGCUCCUCCAAAGCGUUCCUUCUCCUCCUCUGCUGCUCACGACGAUGCUCAUGAGACGGCCAAGUGGGAGAAGAUUACUUACUUAGGCAUUGCUUCAUGCACUAUUUUCGCGUUUGUUGUCCUGUCAAAGCCCCAUCCUCACUACGACGAGCCUCCUCCGUACCCAUAUUUGCACAUCCGCAAUAAGGAGUUCCCAUGGGGUCCGAACGGUCUUUUUGAAAAGAAGCAUGAGCACCACUAGGCUAGCUUUUGGGAUACUUCAAAGAGAAGCCAUUUGGAAUAACUCUCGUCCAUGUUUUUCAUGUUAGACAGAUUCGUUAGACAACCGUGGAUUUCUUUGGAUAUGAAUUUGUUGCACUUGUUUCACAUUAUGAAUUCUGGAUCAAAUCCUUGUGGCAAGUUGUGUUAUGUUUUUAUGUAAACAUUGAAACCCAUAAAUAAGAUCAUGAGAUAUUGUUUUUACC